CCGGUCCCGCCCCCAGCCCACAGGUCAGGGAGCCCGACAGGCCCUGAGCACUCGCCCGGCCGCUGCCUGUGAGGAAGAUGCCACCUCUGUGCCGCCGUCCGGGCCGCCAAGUCCUCCUCCUACUGGCCCUGCUAUUGCCCUCAUCACCCCCGGCCUGCGCUCCCGCGCCCCCGGGCCCCGCCGCCGCCCUGCUCCAGGCUCUCGGAUUGCCCGACGUGCCCCGGGGCGCCCCCAAAUCCCGGCCCGUACCCCCUGUCAUGUGGCGCCUGUUCCGCCGCCGGGACCACCAGGAGGCCAGGGCGGACCCGCGGAGGAUGUCCCCGAGGGCGACCUUGCGGCCGUGCCACGUGGAGGAGCUGGGGGUCGCCGGAAACAUCGUGCGCCACGUCCUGGACAGCGGAGCGGCCGCCCGCUCCCCGGAACCCGCCUCAGCCGCAGGGCAGUGCCCUGAGUGGACCGUCGUCUUCGACCUGUCGGCCGUGGAACCAGCCGAGCGCCCGAGCCAGGCCCGCCUGGAGGUGCGCUUCGCGGCUGCGGAGGCGACAGCGGGGACGACCGGCGGCUGGGAACUGAGUGUGGCGCCGGCGGGAGCAGGCCUCGGGCGGGUGGGGCUCCGUCAGGUGGUGCCCACCCUGGGACAGCCGGUGCGUGCUGAGCUGCUGGGCUCCAUCUGGGCCCGCAACGCCUCGGCGCCCCGCAGCCUCCGCCUGACGCUGGCGCUGCGUCACCGGACCCUCGCGGCCUGCGCGCGCCUGGCCGAGGCCUCGCUGCUGCUGGUGACCCUCGACCAGCGCCUGUGCCACUCCCUGGCCCGGCCGCGGCGCGAGGCCGAGCCGCCAGUGGGUGGUGGCUCCGGGGACUCGUGUCGCGCACGGCGGCUCUACGUGAGCUUCCGCGAGGUGGGCUGGCACCGCUGGGUCAUCGCGCCUCGCGGCUUCCUGGCCAACUACUGCCAGGGCAAGUGCGCUCUGCCCGCGGUGCUGUCUGAAGCUGGCGGGGCUCCCGCGCUGAACCACGCGGUGCUGCGCACGCUCAUGCACGCGGCCGCCCCCGGCGCCGCCGGCCUGCCCUGCUGCGUGCCCGCGCGCCUGUCGCCCAUCUCCGUGCUCUUCUUCGAUAACAGCGACAACGUGGUGCUGCGGCGCUACGAAGACAUGGCGGUGGACGAGUGCGGCUGUCGCUGAGGGGCGGGCGGGGCGGGGGGACAAGCAAUAAACACUCCGUGGUCCGCGCAGCUGUCCCCACUGGUCUUGUUACGUGGCCCCGGGGGGUGGGGGGCUGGCAGCCAUUGACCAUCACCGUUGACCACGAGGGUAAUAGGUGGGGGUUCCCAACAGUGCUGCCACGGGAGAAACCGUCCCAGAGCCCAACAUCUAACGUGCCUGAAACCUAGGAACCACCCGGCCCAGGCCCUUUUCAAGCCCUGUCUCAGCUUUGUCAUCAAGGUGGCUCUGAACCCCACAUCCUCAACUAGCCAGACUCCCCCCUCCUCCCCCGGCAAGUGCUCUGCCACACACCCCUGCAGUUAUCCAGCCCCAGUGUGAAAGCAAGAGAUGUUUAUUAAGAUUUUAUUGGUGACAAAAGAGCUUAAAACAAAUUGACCAAAAACCGAAAGUUACAUUGCCUUGGUACAGAUGUUUUUCUAAUUUGGGGAACUUAUAGUGACUGCUGCUAAGGUGGAGAAAAAAGCAAACAGCACAAAGCAGAGGCAAAGCAUUCCCAGGAACAGAACAGGGUGGUG